UUUUUCUUUUUUUUUUUUGCUCUCGAAACAGAGAAAUUUGUCCCUCUAGUAGUAAAUAGCUGAUCGAUUUGCUUUACGCUUCAACUAUCUUUCUCUCUCGCUUUCAUAUUUGCCUUCCUUCUGAAACACCAUAUAGUCGUCGUAAUCGUAUAGAAGCUACACACGACGGUGUGCGGUGGCUGGAUGGUGGUUGCGACCUCGUAUAUACUUCGUCUAACUACUUCGACUCUAAUCCCACUAUAGUUCGGGAAGCCGCUAGAAGAGAAGUCGUUAGCGCCUUUCUUCUCUAGCGAGAGAGAGAGAGAGAGAGAGAGAGAGAGAGAGAGAGAGAGAAUUCGCGGUUCCAAGUCCCCAACAUGUUCGGCCGUGUGGUCGGGAGUACGGGCGCGCGCGCGCGCGCAACGCCUCGUCGACCUUCCCAGCCGUUCCGAAACACGCCCCCGACAGACAGAAAGAGAGAGAAUUGAAGGCAGCCGCGUGAGAAUUAGAGGAUACGAGCCGAUUCCCCUUCGUCUAAACUCGCUUGAAAAAUUCCAACCCCUUUCGCUUUUGAAACGUUCGACGUCGAGAAACCAUCGAAAAGUUUUUCUCUCUCAUAUUUCCUUUUUUCCCUUUUCUCUCGAGAGUAAGCAUAAAUAAAAUGUUUUUCGUAACUUUUCAUAGAAUCGAACACUUUCUCUUUCGUAAAGUAAUAUUGAAAAAAUAAUGGAGAAAUUAAGGAUGGGGGACCCUUUUUGUCAAAAUUAUUUACAGCGGCUCUUUGCCGUACCGUUAAGAUUUUACGGUACUACCUGUAAAGAUAAUAAGACACUUUCGCAGGCUCGUCCUUUCGAUAAUAUUUUACGCGGUAGGAUAUUUUCCCCCGGCCUCCCCGGCCCAUCCCUCCGGCCUUUACUAUUCUCGAGUCUGUAAGGAUAGUUUUGUUUUUCCAUCUUCCUACUUUCUUUUAUUUCCCAAGAUCAUCUCUUAAUGUUACUUUCGUGCUUGUCUAGAAGAAACGAUAUUACGGACGUAGCAAGCGUGUUACCUAGUAGAGAUAAUUUGUUUCCUCUUUCCUCUACUCGACGAGUUCGCGAGAAAAGCCGAUUUAAAGAAACAGCCGCCGUCACGAGAUGAAACGUAAUCUCGCAAAAGUGCCGUUUCGAGCUUUCGAACUGAUGGAAAGCGCGCUUCUUUCCGGGGCAUAGAUAAAAAGUGUGACAGCUCGUUAAUCGUAUCCUCCGAAGUCGGGCGUUCGAGAAGGGCAACGAUGACAUAGUUCCUGUCCUUUUUUGCUUUUCCAACCACGACAACCUACGACGCGGACAGUAGGAGGGCCCUGUAUAACGACCAUCGCGAGGGAAGGAUUAUUGUUCCAGGAAUAGUGGCCGACCACUGAGGACUUCAAAGAUGGAGGGUAGCGGUACUGUUAGCAGGUUGGACUGCUACGAGGAUAUGUUCAAGGAAAUUACUCGGAAGCUUUACGGAGAGGAUCCGGAUCACAGAACUUCGAGCGUGCAAAACGAAUUCGAGACCUCCGUAUCGUACAAGAACGACGAGGACACCGGAAAUGGUACGGACGGAAGCGACGAAGGUAAUUGGACUUGCGAGGAAGAACCUCUUAAAGGCACCGAUGGCAGCCGAAUAGCUGCUUAUCACGCCGGCAAGGCAACGUGGAGAUGCUACGAGUGCGGCGACGUUAUGGGAGGUGGCCCACGAGAGGUCGCUGAACAUUUUAUGGAACUACACUCGUCGAGGAUUCUCGCCGACGACAGCAGAAACAGACACCAUUCGCCUCGUAAGGAUUAUAUGCAGACGGAGCUCAAGGCCGAAGAAGUCGUAUCCUAUUUGGAAAGAUUGAGGGAACGCGCGGAAACGGCUGCGCCACCUUCCCGGAGGACUCAGGAAACGCAGACCGUACCUGCCGCUUUAUUACCGAUGACCUCGACCUUUCUUUUGCAAGAAUUACCGUCCGCCCCAGCGCCGCAACACCUACAUCAGAACUCAGCAACGAUGCCGACUUCGGCUACGACAUCGGCCAGCAGCAAAAGAUAUACUUGUCCGUAUUGCCCCUACGGUACCGAUAGACGGGACCUAUACACGCGUCACGAAAAUAUUCACCGUGAGGAAAAGCCCUUCCAUUGUUACAUUUGCUAUAAGCCGUUCAAUCGUGCAGAUCACGUGAAGAAACACUUUCUCCGUAUGCACCGUGAGCACGGCUACGAAUUGUCCAGAAUAAGAAGACCGGCCGGAACGACCGCUCCCAAGCCAUUGCAACAGGAUUCAAAUGCAACGCCUACCGGUAAUAAUGCUAAUCAACAGCAGCAGCAACAGCAGCAGCAGCAGCAGCAGCAGCAACAACAACAACAACAACAGCAACAGCAACAACAGCAGCAGCAGCAACAACAACAACAACAGCAACAACAGCAGCAACACGCUACGUAUUCGUCCAAUUACAAUGGCAACAAAAGUUAUCAAUUGCAGCCUAAUCCUGGAUCUGGUACGACCGCGGGUACGACAGGAAUAUAUCAAGCAACGACUAUGCCGGCGCCAGGUAUUAUGCAACCGGAUGGAAACAACUGUGGGACGGGUAGAAGAGUACAAAAUGGCGGCUGCAACAGCAAAAGUCAUUUGAAGGGAGGUUCGAAAGGAGCCCAAGAAAGAAGGUAUACCUGUAGCUAUUGUUCGUGGAGCGGAGUCGAUAAUUGGUGCCUAAAGCGUCAUCUGAAUACGCACUUGAAGCCGUUCGCUUGCAUGCUUUGCGAGUACAAAGCGGCACGUGCCGAGCGUCUUUCGACGCACGUGCUCAAGGUACACAACAGAAGACAGUGCUCGAGAUGUUCCUUCCUCGGUGAAGACGCUGCGCAGUUGCAGAUGCAUCAAUUGCACGUGCAUCGCGUUAGCAGCGCCAACGCACCGGCUACGAGCUCGACGGCACAAGCCGCGCCACCGCCUACCAAUCGUCAGCAACAGCCCAUUCAUCCCGCUGCUGGAGGACGACCGCCACCUGGUCCACCGGUUUUCCCCGCACCAGCGCCGGCGAUCACACCUGCCACCACCGUAAUACCACCGACCACUAUACUCGGCAUCAACUAUCACCGAAGUUUUCCCGACGACGAGAAGAGCUAUUCCACGUUUUCCAUCAACUUGGAACGCCUUCGCGAGGUGCGGUAUAGCGAGGAGAAGAAACCGAGCGAGAGGCGAUCCAGGAAGCAGAGACAACCGAGGAAGGCUGUCGGUUGCGAGGUUGAAGACGAAGAGCAACCGAUAAUAUUUUCGAGUGAUCCACCGAAGGAGUUGAGACCUUUCGAAAGUGGGACCGACGUAAGCGAGGGAAAAGCAAUGAAAAAUCGAAAGAGAAGUUGCUUAGAAGAUUCUAGCGAAGUCCCGUCCGAAGAUCCUGGCGAAGCCUCGGCCGAAGAUCCUGGCAAAGGUCCGGCCGAAGAUCCUGGCAAAGGUCCGGCCGAAGAUCCUGGCAAAGGUCCGGCCGAAGAUCCUGGCGAAGACCCGGCCGAAGAUCCUGACGAAGGCCCGGCCGAAGAUCCUGGCGAAGGCUCGGCCGAAAGGUUACUCGCACCGAGACUUCUCAAGUGCCGCAUGUGUCCCGACGAUGCGCUCGCGUCCACAUCGUCCACUUACAAGCCUUAUCAUACCAAGGCUUCCUUGACACUUCACAGACUCUGGAGACACGAUAAAAGUGAGAAAAGUGAGAGAAGUGAGAAAAGUGAUAAAAAGAGGAGGAAAUGCUCGAAAAAGGACAGCGACUCGGAGGUUUCGCAUUACGCGUCUCUCUCAUCGAUCACGCUCAAGGCCACGCUCUUUACCAAUACGAGCUACGACUAUCACAGAUAACGCUCGGCGUAUCUUUCGAAUUUUGAAACGACUUGCGAAAUCGAUUCCUUUACUUCUAUUUCAUAAGAUUAUUCGAAUAGUAUUAAUAAGCGGGCAAAUCUUCUCAACGGGAUGACGUACCGCAUUUAUCUUUUAGCCUGUUUACCGGGGAGGACAUUUUCGAUCGGUGAGCGCGUGUUUCUAUCGCAAAUGAAUGAAAUUUAUUUCGACUCGAUUACAUUUGAUUGAAUAAAAAUAAAAUUAGAUUAGGAAACUUUGGAUGGUCGUCGAUUGAAGAAGAAUAGGUGGAGGACUUUUUUUUUUCUUUAAAUAAGAGUGAAACCUUUGUAACUCGAGUCCAGCCCCGCGAUUAACAGGUUCAGUGUUAAAUGAUAAAAAAGGCGCUUGUAAAUACAUAUAUCUAUUCUUGAUUGGGUGAUCGCGAUAUAAAAUGUUUGCAAGGCUACAACGAGAGGAUAGCUACUUAAGGCGAAGUUAAGUUGACGAAGGUUAAUUGAAAAUUAAUCCAAUUUGAAAAGCGGUGUAGGGUUAUUUACGAUAUGAUCUCUAUUGCGAAGGCGCAGGAAAGAAAACGAGAAAAAGGGAAAAAAAGAGAAAAAGAAAAAAAAGAAAGAAGAAAAAAAUUGAAAGGCAAAGAGAAAUAAAAAAGAGAAA